AUUUGUAUAAUUCAGAUUAGAAGACCUCCGCCUUCGUAUAGUCAAGCGACUAAUCAACAUUCUUCUCUUGGAGGAUCCGGCUUGACUUUUAUAGAUGUCUUACCAGAUGUUAUUGAAGAGGGAUUGUUCUCUUCAGAAUAUGAAUCUUUUGGAAGUAUGGUUAAAAGAGCAAAUGCUUGGCUGAGUGAGAAUCCAAUAUAUGAAGUGAAAACAUGUGAAAGUGUGGAAUUUAAAUCCAAGCAAGGAAUGCCUUCAGUCAGGAAAAUGACUUAUAAGGAAUAUGGCAAAACGCACACAUAUUAUAUGAGAGCCUUGAGAUUAUGGCUUGUUGUUCGAAAUGGAUUGGAACAAAGACCACCUCAAAAAAUUGGUUAUUGUAAUUUAAUUCCAAAUAUAGUAGACAAUCCAGUGUUUGGAUCUGCUCAGUAUGAGAAAUUAAAUCAAGUUCUGGAUAGAUUUAACAAUUCUUAUUCACGUAAAAUUCCAGGAAGAAUUAUUUCUAUUGAAUCUCAAGAAAUGAAACUGUCGUCGUGGUCAGUAUUUGAUCCGGAUCGUUCAAACUGGUCAGUGAAUGGAAAAUAUGCAACAAAAUUUUUGUUUGUUAUAAGAAUAUUUUUUGAACUUGGUGUACCAGAAGGAGAACAAAUUGGUAACAUCAUUUCUCUAAGUUACUCAGUGAUGAUCAUAUGUCCACUGAUAAAGUGUGAGGUGCAUCUCAUCAUUUCCCAGAAGCAAAUGUUGGAUAUGCUGAUAGUGAUAGGGAUAUAAUCCAAAGCAACAUAAUGUUUG